AUGUCGCUGCAAGCCUGGGAAUGGGAAGAGGAGGACCCAGUGAGCACGGAACCCAUCUCUUCCACUGCCAGCUGCUACCAGUCCAUGAGUGAGUGGAACGUGGAGGAAUUCGUCAAGGCCAGGGCCCAGGAAUCGGACACGGAUUGCCAGGCGAGCAGCCUGCGGUCCUCAAGUGAGUCUGCUGGCACCUUCAGCUCCGAUGUACCACAUGUUGUGUCCUGCAAGUUCAUCAUCUCACUGGCUUUCCCAGCCAAUUCUGGUAGGUGAUGGGGAAAAUAUUCAGCUUUGAUGGAACAACAUAAGAAACAGCCGAAAGCAGAAAAGUCUAUUCUAAAAGUUCGCCAUUUCUACCACAUUGAGUACUACCUUCUGCCUGAUGACGAAGUGCCUCAAAAAGUGGAUGUUGUGGUGUUUCCAUCCGUGACCAAAGUGUUCUUUGAGUCCAGCGUAAAGACCGUGAAGCCGUGGUUUGAAGAUGACAAAGUGUGGGUGUCAUGGGCCCAUGCUUUUAACCUCAACGUGACAAAGGAUUUCUUAAAGAAAAUAAAUUUUCAUAAAAUAAACUUAAAACUCUGGGACAGGAAGGACAAAGUUUCAAGAAAAGCCAGGCAUUAUCGCUUAAAGAGUCCUGGCCACGCAGAAGACUUGGAAUCUUUUGGUAAGUCAGAGGAGGUGAGACAUUUGGUUUUAAAUCAGAGAAGAAUGUCUGAAAAAGGCAUUUCCAAAACCAACAUUAUCAAAGAGGAACGGAGCCAGGAGCAUGUACUGGCGAAGCAAGAAAAGGCAGAAAAAUACUCGAAGUCUUUUCAGGGUUCUUACCAAACAGAGCCCGAAACGUGGAGUAUUACAAGGGGAUCAUAUUUUUCUUUAGGAGGAACAGCCAUGGCAGAGAUCAAGGAACUAAUUGAGUGCUCAUCGUUCGGUAGCUUAGCAAACAUGUUAGACAGGAAAAAGUAUCAAAUAAAAAGGAAUGAUUCUGACAUAAAAAGGAAACUCCAGAAAAGAAAGAAGCGACUGCAAGAUGAGGAGAUGGACUCCAAGCUGGCGGGUCGCUGGAAGCAGGGUGUCUUCUCCAUCCAGCUGGCAGUGAUGCCGCUCCUUGCCGGUAGCUAA